AUGGCCAUUUCGUGGAAGUCCUUUGACUUCUUCGACGUCGCCCAGAUCGCCCUCGCCGACCGCGACACCCAGUCCCUCCUCGAAAGCAGCGACAUCUCCAGCCUCUGCGCCGGAUCCGACAGCCUCUUUCUCGGCACGCAAGAUGGCCUUGUGAACAUUAUCGGCAAGAGCUGGAAGGUGAUCCGUCGAUUUCAGGCGCACGAUGCGGGGCGUAUCACCCACAUGCGUCAGGUGGACGGGACGAGCCUGCUGGUGACGGUGGCGGAAGAGACGAGCGCUGAUCCCGUGCUCAAGGUCUGGGCGCUCGACAAGCUCGUAAAGAAGACGGAGAUGCCGACAUGUCUGAGUACGGUGAGCGUCAGUAACGCGAGGCGGCAGUUUCCCAUCUCGGCAUUCGUGGCGAUGGACGACUUGAAGCAGAUUGCGGUCGGUUUCGCCAAUGGGGCGGUCACUUUGAUCCGCGGCGACUUAAUACACGACCUUGGAACGAAGCAGCGGGUCGUCUUUGAGUCAGAGGAGCCUGUGACGGGAGUGCAGCUUUCGAUGGACGACCAGCUAGCGACGACACUCUUCGUCUCGACGACUUCGAGGAUUCUCAAGGUUGGCAUCACAAGGAGGGGUCAAGGCCUGCCCCCCAAGACAGUCGAGGACAGUGGGUGUGGCUGGGGUUGCAUGACGGUGGACAGACGGACGGGCGACGUGGUGGUAGCGAGGGACGACGCGAUAUACACAUAUAACCUCGAAGGGCGGGGUCCGCCGAAAGCGUACGAGUCGCCGAAAAGGUCCAUUACCAUGUUCAAGGAGUACGCCGCGCUGGCGUGUCCUCCUAAUAACAGUGGACGAGACCCGGAGUCGAUGCGGAUGAGGUUUGGGGGAGGAGCCGGCGAUGCAUUCCUCCACGCGUCCACCUUUGUGCUUUUGGAGCCGGAUUUGAGAAUCAUUGCACACACAGAGACCCUCAUCUCGCCGGUGCGCUAUAUCUUUGAGGUCUGGGGCGAUUUGUAUACCAUGAGCGAAGAUGGCAAAGUCUAUCGUUACCAUGAGAAGACACUCCAACAACGCUUGGAGAUGCUUUACCAGCGCAAUAUGUUCCCUCUCGCUAUCGAACUCGCCAGCAACUCGGGUCUGGACGUCGACCAACAAAGCCUUAUUUUCCGGAAGUUUGGCGAUCACUUAUACCAAAAGGGUGACUACGAUGGCUCAAUGGUGCAGUACAUUCGCGCUAUUGACGCUACAGAGCCGUCGCAGGUGAUCAGAAAGUUCCUCGACAGUCAGCGAAUUCACAAUCUCAUCAUGUAUCUGGAGCAACUUCAUGAGCAUCGGAAAGCGACGGCCGAUCAUACAACAUUAUUAUUAAAUUGCUAUGCCAAGCUCAAGGAUAUCGACAAGUUGGAGAAAUUCAUCAAAUCGCCAGGCGAUCUCAAAUUCGAUCUGGACACGGCGAUUGCCAUGUGUCGGCAGGGCGGUUACUACGAUCAGGCGGCGUACCUUGCGCGGAAGCACGGGGAGAUUGACCUGGUGGUGGACAUUCUGGUUGAGGACUCCAAGAAAUACGCUGAAGCCGUCGACUUUAUCUGGCAUCAGGAUCCAGAGGUGGCAUAUCCGUCGAUGCAGAAAUAUGCGCGCGUCUUCAUCGAGAACUGUCCGCAAGAGGCGACGAAGCUGUUUGUGGAUUACUACACCGGCAAGUACAGACCGAAGCGCACCGCGUUGCCGACGGUCGACGAUGAUUCCCAGCAAGGCAGCGGUUUCGCGGCGGGUGCUGCAAACGCGGUAUCCAAUUUGUCGCACCUGCUGCCGCUGCCUUAUAUGAAUGCAAACACAGUGUCUUCGGGCAACGGCACACCGACCAACGGCAGGCCGACGCUCAGUGAUGGCACGAUCGUUCUGGAUGAGGAUAACUUCCCAGCGCCCAAGUACACGCCGCCUGCACCUCGAACCGCCUUUUCGUCGUUUAUCGAUCACCCAGAUGAGUUUAUUGUCUUUCUGGAGGCAUGCCUGGAAGAGAAGGACCUAAAGGCGGCCGAUCGCACCGAUCUAUAUACCACGUUGUUCGAGAUGUAUCUCUACAAAUCAAGUCAGAAGAAGGGACAGAGUCACCGCGAGGAUUGGGAGGCGAAAGCGAAAAAGCUCAUCGAGGGCGACCACGUGCCAAUGGAGAGCUCCAACGUCCUCUUGCUGUCACACUUAUCGAACUUCCGAGACGGCACAGUGCUCGUCAAGGAGCAGGCAGGGCUUCUUUCGGACAUUUUCCGAUCAUACACCUCUGCCAAGGAUACAGCAGGAGCGCUGAAGGCGCUCAAGAAGUACGGUCCCGAAGAGCCGCAACUGUACCCGGCAGCGCUGGCGUAUCUGACGUCGGAUCCGAGCAUACUGGAAGAGGCUGGUCGAGAGGAGCUCGCCGCCGUACUGUCCAAGAUCGACAAGGAUGGGCUGAUGGCACCUUUGCAGGUGAUCCAGACCUUGGUGGGACAGUCCUCUGGAGGUGGCGUGGCUACAAUGGGCAUGAUCAAGCCCUACCUCAACGAGACCAUCACCCGCGAGCGGAAGGAAAUUUCCUCCAACAAGCAGCGGAUCAACAACCUGCGCACGGACACUGAGAAACGACGAGCGGAGCUCAGCGACCUCGGUGCCAAACCAGCCGUCUUCCAAGCGACCCGCUGCUCCGACUGUGGGCAAGGCUUGGACUUGCCGGCGGUGCAUUUCCUUUGCAAACACAGCUUCCACCAGCGCUGUCUGCGCGGCGGCGAGGAUGACCGCGCCGAGUGUCCCAAGUGUGCGGGCGAGAACGACGUGAUCCGCAAGAUGCGCGAGGGGCAGCGGGCCCGGGCAGAAAGACACGAGCUUUUCAAGGGCGAUCUUGAUGGGAGUGAUGAUCGAUUUGCUACUGUGGCCGAGUGGUUUUCUAGAGGCGUGAUGGAUGUCGGGUCUAGAGCUGAUUGA